AUGGAGAGCGCCAAGGACAAGCAUUGUUAUCCCCAGGAGCAUUGCAGUCCAUACGGAAUUUUCAAUAGCAUAAGAAAAUGCUACCGCUGUAAUGAAAGCGAUGUUGAGUCCUUCAUUUUUAAACAAGAGGGGUUACCCCUGAAUAAUGGGGAAGAACAUAACCAUUCAACAACUAACGCAUGCGCAGGUGCACUAAAAGGUGAACGCCCUUGGGACGAUCUUUUAUACAAAGGGAACUUUGAAGAGAGUUUAAAUAUUAAUCAAGCAAAUCGAAAAAGUGCUUCUACAUUAGUAAAAAGGGAGGAGGAGGGAACGAGCAAAAAUGAUACUGAACUGCUUGCCAUUAAAAAUGGCAUAAGUAACUAUGCCGAUGUGGCAAGAAGAACAUCACAUAUACUGCAAGCAGACGUUCCUUCUUGUGGAAGCGUAGUUUAUACUUCAAAGGAGACGCCAACAGGUAGGAUAUACAUUCCAAGGGUAAUAUCUGAUGAGAAGAUAAAAGCGCACAACGGCCUAUACGUUUAUGUUGAAGAAUGUGGCCUGCAUCGGGAAACGCGGGAGGGUAUCACAACAAGAGAACCACGUAGCACGGAAAAUAGUCUUAAUACUACUCUGAGUGAAGAUAAAUCAUUUAACUACACACGUAAGAAGGACGACCCGCAAAAAAUGGACAAUAUGAGAAGCAUGCAUCACCCCGAUGAUGAGCACAUCUAUGUCUAUAAUAACCUAACAGCACAUGACCAUGCAAGAGAUGAGUUAACACUGAAAAAAAUGAAAACAACGAUACAGCUUGGUGAUAUGUUAAAGGACGUUUCUAAAUCUAAAUACUUAGCGAGUCAUUCAGGACAAUUUCUCAACUCUGAAAUGGAACAACAAGAUGCAGUUUCGCCAUCCCUUAUGGAUAAGCAACUGACUAGGCAUAAAGAGUCCAACAGCAAUAAUCACCAAAAUUGGGAUACCUACACAAAUGGAGCAGUAACACCUAAAGGAUGCAGGAAGGAGGAACUUUUAUCUAUUAACAAUUUUACAACAGAAGAGACAAAUAUACAACCGCAGCUCUUUGACAACUUUAGUCAAACUGUUCGAAAGAAAAAAAAAAUUGUAAAAAUAAAAAGGAGAAUAAAAAUUGGUCUAAAAGGAAGAAAAAAGAAAAAAACUAAAAAUGUCUUUUUGAAGAAAAAGCCAUACAGUCGGAACGAACGUCGAAUUAGAAGAACAAGGAAAAUGAAAGUCACCUCCUCGAGAAAGAGAAUUUCAAUGAGUAAAGGAAAAAAGGGCUAUGCACACAGGAGGAAUAAAGGAAGAAAUAAGUUGGGCUCGAAAAAUGCUAAGGAAUGCGGUCCACUCAAAUUUCAAAUUAGGAAGAGAAAAAAAAGGUUUUCAUCAUAUAUGCGAAAUGGUAUGAAUGAGCAUAUGGCUCAACUCAUUUAUUCCAAGCUACAUGAGAAGAACGGGAAAAAUAAGCGAAGAGAAAGUGAUCCCUCGAUCCUGAGUCAAAGAAAGUUUUCUAGAAGAAAAUCACACAAAAAUGGGAAAAAAAUAAAAAAGACCAAGGGAGUCAAAAGAGACAAGAACGUUGAAAAAGUAGAGAAAAACAAUAUAGAGCUGGAUGAACAUAAAAAAUUGAUAACGCAAGAUAAAAUGCAAAGAGAUGAUGUUGAAGGAGCGUCUAUUAUAAAUGGCGAAGUUUAUCCAGAUAAGGUAAACAUCAUACCGGGAACAGAUUCAGACAGUUUUCCUAUCCUUAAAGUGUCCACCAAAAGUGUUGGGAGUGGCUCUUACUAUUUUUGCCUGAGUGAUGGUGUUAGUAACUCUUCCUACAGAUCAUUCCCUGUUGACACCCACAGUUUGGAUCUUUUAAGAAUCACGGAAUAUUCUGACUGUACAGAUGGUGUGCAUCGCCCCGGUAAGGCGGAAGCAGAGGAGGAAGGGUUCAGCGAUGUGACUACAAGGGGAAAGGAAGAGCUGUAUAAUAGUAACCCAGAUCAUUGUACCAAUUUGAAGGCCCGCGUGGGAAGAAACGCCAAAUGGGUGGAUCUCAUCAACAUAAAAGUCGAACAAAAGAAAAAUGUGCCAAACAAUACAAGAGAACGUUGCAAUGGUUCCAAUGGUUGUAGCAGUUUCGUCCAUAAUGGUGAGAUGAGCGCAGAAGAAGUGACGUCCAUAUGUGCAGGCGAUUGCGCCACCUUGGACGAAAACGAAGAGAGAUUGACAUUUGCAGUUCUGAGAAAGGUUGCCAAGUUUCUCAGCGGAAGAAAUGAAAACAUAAAAUCAGAUGAAACAAUAAAAGAGGGCACAAAAAGUUUUAACAUGGACAGGGAUGGACACAAAUUUUACCAAUUGGCAAGUAAUCCCUCAAUAGACAAAACUCUGGACGAUGGUCUUGUUUGCGAAAUGGUGACAAGUACAAGCGCGAUAAGAAGCAGGAGCGAUGAUUCCUUUUUCGAAAAAGCGAUUCGCAAUACAGAUGUGGAGAAGUCAGAAUUGAUUGAUACUUGCACGUAUAGGAAAUCGUGCCCAAAGGACAAGAACCUGUUCAUGCUUCAUUCGAACUUGUUGAAGCAGCGUUCCUUCUUCUGUCAACACGGGACACUAGAGAAUGAAGUAAUGUAUAUUAUAAACAGUUUAACAUUUUAUUCUCACAAAUUGAAGAAUGUACUGAACUAUGCCAUAGGGAGAUGUCCAAAUGGAGAUGCCUUACAGGUUAAGUUACUUACCCUCUGUUUUAUCAAUUUAACCGAAAAGGCAAGGAGAAGUGAUGGGUCUGCUGUAUGCCUUAAAAAUGUUUCAACUUUAAUGCAUGAACUAUUGGUGCGGGUGCGCUAUGGUGUGUUGAGCCUCUCAAAAAAUGAGUAUGUCACUAAAUUUGAGCAAGUCAUUAUGAAAACAUACCUCAUAGAGUUGAUUAAAUUGAGUAGACUAUUGUUAACAUCACUAGAGGGGAUAAAAAAACAUUUUACUUUAUCAUACGAGGGGGAAAUUCCCACCCAUAAUUUGGCAGUAUCCUCAUGGGGGGAAGUACCCAAAAUGAUCAAAUUGAAGACCUCGCUUGAAAAGCACCUUGUUCAUAAUUCAGAAGAAGAAAUGGUUUAUUUACCAGACGGUAAUGAUAGUGAAAGUGUCAUCGAUCAUGUAAAGGGAAAGGGAUAUGGGAUGGUUCCUUUGGUGGACAAUUCUAUGGAUGGGGACACAAAGAAGAUAAGUAAACUCACUAACGAUGUUGCGAAUGGGGUUGUGAAGGAGGUUGGGGCUUCUCAAAAUGGCUACCCUAGCUACUGCGCCAUUUACAAGCUAAUGAAGGAGCUGAAAAAAAAGUUGCUAUUUCUAGAACAGAAUAAUAAAUACAACUCUCGCACCUUAAGGCUAAUGUUGAAAUAUCUGGACAAGUUGAGUUACAUUUAUAGAGUGAAUUCUGCGCUGCUGCUUCGUCCCAGGGAAGGGAGGAUCGCAGCUGAUCAACGUGCCCGUCAAAUGGAUGACCAAAUUAGACGCAUGCUACAGAAGGUGGAGGAAAGAAUAACUUGUUCUAUCAGAGGGGACGAAGCCAUUUGCGAUAUAUCGAUAUUGUAUUCUAUAAAAAGUCUGCAAAAAAAAUUGGAGAAAAAUGCCUUUGCUUUUUUUGAUCAGUUAUCAGGGAAGGAUUCCUAUGGGGGGAAGUCUACUAGCAUUUCUCCCAGGUUACCUAAGCCAAAGUGGAGUUUGGAAUUAGAAGGGGAAGAAGUGGCACAUGCUGAAACGAAUAGUGUACGAAACGAAUAUCAUAGUAAACAAAUGAGAGCUCUACAUAAGUGUGACGAGAAAAAAACGUUCGUUGAGAAUUCUGUGUACAACUAUCACGACGAAACGGAGCAUCUAGAACGGCUAAAUGAAUGCCUAAAUGAGGUUAUAAUGAACAAGAAGGAGGAGCUAAUCAAAAACCCCAAUGGUCAUUACGCCAUGUUGAAAGAGUAUAAGGAAGAGUUGUCCCUAUUGAAUGACCUUCGAAAUAAUGAAAAUGCUUCAGUGAAUGAUAUUUUGGACAACAUGCCUAGCUCUAAGUUCAGUGAAAUAUUAGGUGCGUAUGUUAGGGGGGAAAAAUCAUAUAGGGGGGAUUAUGAGUGGGAUCGAGUUCAGCUUCAAACUACUCAACAUUUAUCUAUCUCCUCCGGGAAAGGGAACAGGAAAAAAGGAAGCGUCUUUUCCACUGGAAGGUAA